AUGUUUAAUGAGUGUCUCGGGAAAUCAGAUGAAAAGCUUCUCAUCCUUACAUCCUUAAUUUUUCCGUCUGAAAAUCAUUUUCGACAAAGUAUCCCAUCACAAUAUCAAAAACCUCAAAGUUCGUCAAAAAUACUUCGCUGCGCGUCGUAUUCAUCUUUCUUCUCAUGGUCUGAUCUUGCGAUCAAGCGAUCUGUGCCUCAUGACUUGAAAGUAAGAAACUUUUGGGACACUUCUUUAACUGCUUUUCCCAUGGGCCUUCCCAAAGUACACGUAUCAGGCAAAAAUCCAUCUUCGGGUAAUUCCUGGAAGCACUCGCUUGCUCUAUACACUCCGGCUAGUACUCAGGCUACCACUGAUGUAGAUACUUCUCUGUCGGGGUACUAUAUCAGAUCUGGCCCGUUUCUUGAAAGUUCCUGUAAGUUUUCGCGCCCGGAAAGCUGUUUUGUGUGUGCUUUUUUUUUUUUAAUGCAUUCAAGAUCAAAGUUUCAAUAAUUUUGAAAAUAAUGCGAUGAAACUAUCAUUUAACAAAGCAAAGCUGAUUCGAUUCGCUCUGGUUUGUGGGCUAGCAACUGUGCUACCUAUUCAACAGGUUUGGAUUUUAAAGUUUGUCUUAGGGCUCGAACAGUUUCCGCGCCUUUCGAGAAACGGGCCCUUGGGGUCAAUUUAAUAAAACUUGUACAAGUGUUAUUUACAAGUACGUGUAGCUGUUCUUUUCAGACUCUAAAACAACGGCUACACUUGUAAAUUACACUUGUAAAAAUCUAGUUAAAUUGACCCCUGGACUGUAAAUACACCAGACAACCUUUUGCUUUCAGUUUAACUCCUAAAUGAAAGAAAAUAAGGUACAGACCUAAUACUCUCUUGGUGACAGACCUAAAUGUUCUAGCAGCAUAAAGCUCACCAUCAACUUUAGAGCGAAAGGAUUGUUUGAAUUCCUCUUCUAAAAUUUAUGUUAAAGCGACGCAGCUGAGAAUUUUCCAUCUUUUAAUUAAACUCAAGAUUGCGUCAUGCCUAUAUCGUUCGCCAAGACUCAAUUCAUAAUAGACAUUAGUCGGCUUACAUUUUCUUUACUUGUUGCUGAAUCCUUAACUUAGAUGUCUUUAGGAAACUCCUUCAAACUUAAUCUGUAUAUUGUAGACCAAGAAAGAAAUGUAUAAUGUUUUCACGACUUACUAUACUUGCUUACUAUAGUUUGAACAACACUGACUUCACCAUCCACCUGCAUUUUUAACGUCGUCUUGAGAGAACAGAUCAAGCUUCUUUGAUUCCAUAGAAAGGUUGAAAAUAAAUGGUCCUUCAGAAAACUGUCCUCGGCUCACUCAAUAGACGUCCCUGUGUUUGUUUACCAAGACAUUUUGAACUCUGUUAUCCCAGAAAUGAACAGUUUUGAAAAGAAAAAAUGUACGCAGCUAUUGUGUUCAUAACAGAAAACUUUCACAAAAGUAUAUUUUGCCUUCUGUGUAGUGUACUUGACUUCUGUCGUUGCCAAGCGUCGACUGAAAAAGUAACGUCUGGAAAAAUCCUUAAGAUUUUUGGAGAAGAAGUAUUUUGUCGAAAGACCAUGCAUUUUAUCAGGGACUAGCUGCCGUAAAAAAACCUGCAGUAGGCUUUUGUUAAGAGCACUAGAAGGGUACAGAAAAACGUACGCCUCGGAACAAAAGUUAGUGUACUUGAUGCUAUUGAUUACAGAAAUGCUUUCAAUUAACUGGUUAGGAAUUUCGGUCGCUACGAACGAACGAAUUGCGUCGAUAACACAUUGAUAAAUACCGAUGGAUUUGAAAUCAUGUAUGGUCUUAAUCUAACCAGUGUAUAUUGUUAUUUGGAGUCGAGAUGUUCAAUAAAUUCCUAGUAGCACUUCGUUGCCGUGGCUCUGAUGCAUUGCAGAUUGAAUUAAACGAGCAGGUUUGAAAAAGGAAAAAGGCGAAUGUGCAGAUCGCAAUUCUGUUAUUUACAGCAAAAUAACAAUAAUUGUAAAAUGAACUAAAUAAGUGUAACACCUAAAAAUUCAUCAUUCUUUAAGGUGGUUGAAGAGAAUUGCUUUAUCUCUCUACUGUGCAUGUUAACAUAUCUUUAUCACGAGGAGAUAUGAAGCUAAUAAGCUUUUAAAGGAAAUAGUGCGCAGACCAUCUGAGGAAAAUGCCCGGAAGUUGUCAGUAGAAAUUGAUUGUUUUCGUCGAUUUUCAUAUCACGUGACAUCAGCGCGCGUUUAAGUGCUGAGCAUGCGUACUUAGAGUGCAAUACGAGAACACUUAAAGACUUUUGUUCUUUGAUCAAAAAUAAAACACAAACAGCGGCGAUAAAAAUUGUGAGUUUUUGCAUUUUAUAAACUUGACGUUUCGUAUGCUAUUCAACGUACAUUGUCAAAAGUGAUCUUAAGUGACCGUUGAAAGAAAAUGUCAAGGGACAAAAAUUACAGGGGGUUUGGAAAUGAGAUUAAGAAUUAAGCGACAACUAAAAAGCAUCAGCUUUUCGUUGCUGAUGUUGACAUUAAAAUCUGGCUUAAGGUCUUGUAUGAACAACUGAUGUUUCCUUUAUCUUACAAUUUUCUGUUUUUCCAGAUGCUAAGAUUUCAAAGUGAUCCCAUUUAAUGUUAUGUCCGGUUGCAGUGAUAUGGUCAGCAAUAGCUGAAGAUUGAUCUCAUUUUGUUAUGGACUUGAAGUGUUCAGUCUUCCCAUCAUGGAGCCGUCGCUUAGUUUUACCUAUGUAAAAAUCAUCAUAAGCAAUGCAAAUAAUGGAUCAUAUAUUAAAAUCUUCAGUUAAAUAUUGACGAAAUUUGACAGAAAUCCUUUGUCGAAACGCACUUCAGUCAAUAUAAAAGCCUCAAAAUAAAUAUGGAACACAGCAGCUUUGUGACAGGAUCACGUUUCUCAUGAAAGAUAUUUUAUCAAAAAAUUUCAAAUACUGUUAAAAUAUAAAAAAUGAUCGUGAGGGCUACUAAUUGUAAGCUGUAGGCAAACUCAUAAGAUGGAUUUUGCGUAAACCUAAUAAAUUCAAUUUUUUUUUUUUCAAUCAUCCAUGUUGCCCAAAUCUCACUUUUAACCUAAUAAAUGUUAAUUGCCUUAUAAACAUAUAUUGCUUGCGAUUUAUACUUGCAACCAGUCUUCAAUAACAUCCCAAUGAAUGGUAACGAGCCAGAGCAUAGAAAAUACGAUAAUUAAGUUUCAUUUUGUUUAUUUGUUUUUCCUGUUGUUAAAUUAGAAAAUCCAAUGUAGCGAUCUCUUCAGUGGUUUAGUUUUCCUGGUGGCCAGUUAAUGUUCUAGUCCAAUAACCGUCGCUGGAACCUGUUGUUUAGUUCACUCUACCAGAAACAGUACUAGUACUUAAGAUCAUGUCUGUAAUUAUCUUUGAGUUGUGACUGUAACGAACACGAGGCUUUUGUUAGGAUGUUUCCACCUGUGUACAUUUCGAAGUAAAACAUCCUUUCACAUGAUGCCACGUGCAUAGUGGCCAUGUUGGUGUAAAACCGAUAAAGCGGCAGCUCUAUUGAUGUAACAAAAAAAUCCUGUGGGAAUUGAACUGAAAAUUUUGCCCUAGGUGAGAAGUAAGUGUUAAUGUUUGCUCAGGGAAGGGAUAGGUGGGCAGUUUCCCAGAAGGGUACAAUGAUCCUAAAACAGUACAUAGCUGCUGACCACGUUAGUGAAAAUGAUCUAUUAAUUUAUCAAGGAUGAAUUCCGUUCUUUCCAAUCACCGAGCGCCGUUCUGCUGAGCGAGAGAGGUCGCGCGGGUGCAAACCUCGGCUGGACCAACAUUCAGGGUCUUAAAAUAACCGAGGAGAAAGUGUUGCCUUUGUAAUGACAUUUGCAACGGUUAGAUUUUCGAGUCUUCUCGGAUAAGAACGAAAAAGCGUAGGUCCCGUCUCCCAGCACUUUCACUUACCUGAUUCUUGUAGGACAUAAAAGAGCCCAUACCACUGUUCGAAAAGAGUAGGGGACCCCGGUCGUGUGGCCAACUUUUCCUGGGCGAGGUCAGUGGGCUAUGGGGUAAGGAGAGAUCUUAAUGUAGGGAUAACGUCAUGAUCCUCCUUUAGGUCUCGUAUCAUGGCUACCUGUAAACAGUGUAUGUAUGUAACCGCCUAAAUUUUUGUUUAUGUUUCAUAUUGUAAUCCGCUUAUUCUUGUCAUGAUAGGGCUAAUCAACAUUCCUUUUUGAAUUUUUCUUUUUAGGCUUCCUUGGUUGCAAAUUACAAACUUUAAAGCAUGACUUGGUGGUUACCGACGUUAAGCUUGUCCUUUAUUGCAACAGUCUUUUUCUUACCAGCUUCUACUGCUAAUCAGUGUGAGAUUACAUUGCUUAGACGUUGCAAAGCGGGUUACAAGGAAGCUCUGGGCGCUACGUCCAAUGGUAAAGAAAGUCAUUGCAGUAGACUUCAGGUAUGCAGUAAAGAGAUAAAAACAACGCGUGAAAUAUAUCUGGGGCCAAUCAGAUUACGACCGUAAAAAUGCUGUGUUAGACUCUUUUCACCCUCUCCACGUCAACCGACCAAAAAACAUCACAAAACAACACUGGAAGGGAAGAGAGAGAGUUAAAAAUACCACUUAUCAACCGACAGCGAGGUCGUUACAAGGAUAUCUCAGACCGAGGCCGAGAUUUCCCUGUAAUGACCGAACGGACGAGGUUAAUAAGUUAUUUAUUAUAUGGCCUUUCAGUAUGGGCCUGAGCCUACCAACAACUGGCUAACUUAAAAAAAAUAAAUAAAUAAAUAAAAAAGCACAUCAUCUCAGUGAGUUCUACAAUGUACACUUGAGCCCACGAUACAGUCAGGUGACACUAGUUAGUUGAUACCCUAUUUGACAGCUGUCAAUCGACCAUAACGUGGAUGUUCAUUAAAAACACGAUUGUAUAUGCCCGGUCAUUACAAGAAAACAGCCAAUCAGAGCGCGCGCACUUUUGAGACCAUCUAAUGAUAUAUGUUUAAGUCCGACUCAGGUAGGUGUCCUGAAUGUGGCUAAGGUACUAGCCUUUGUCCCUAUCCAGUACGCUCAGUUCUCUCUGAGACAAGCACUGCUUGGUCUUUGAAAGGCGUCUGCCUGAAUAUAGAGUCACCUACUGUGGAUGAUCCUUUUAGGGAAGAGUCCAUCUAAAGACGUGCGGAGAACGUUGCCUGCUUAGAGAUAGCCGAAGGAGUUAGAAGUUGUCUGGAUAUAUAUUUUUUAUAUAUUUGUGCCUUGCAAAAAAAAAAAAGAAUACUAAGCUAAAACGGCUGUGCAUUGAAAAAUACAUUAUCUGGUGAUAUUGCUUCUGUAAGAAUUGUUAUUCUAGCCAAUCAUCAUUAAUGAUAAAUUAUAUUAAUUACGAAUGAACGACAUUUGAAAAUGAUAGCACAAUAUCGUUCGAUAAAUUAAAUUCAACACAAAAUAGCAAAAUUUAAAAAUUGUAAAUAUGGAGCGUGUUAUGCAGCAGAAGAACAAAUUUGUGAGGGUGGUACAAACUGACAUUUUGCUUUCAAAGUGCCUCAAACUCUCUAGGGAGCAUCAUUCGUUACAGAUAACUGUACUUCGUUCUUGGGUUUCACUUGAAGCUGCGCACUAAAAAGUAAUUUUCACGAUGACGCAAUUUGACGAUAACUACAGAAUUCAUUUUGUUUUUGCUUUCACUCGCUUUGUUAUUUUAUAUAUUUAUUAAUACCACGGAAGUUUAAUCCACAGUUCUUAUUUGCGGAAGAAAACCGAAAUCCUGCAUGCCCGUAGUUGUAGUAAUUUGACAUCAUCGUGCAAUUGUCCUAUUCAAGUCUCCUACGGUGUGGGUCGAAAUUAGGUUAGCUACUGCAUGCAGGGCAAUCCCAUGUGGCGAGUGGGGAAGGCAAGGGUUUUUAAAAUUGAGAAAGUGCGAACAGUGAAAAUGAAACGGGAGGAAACUUUUUCUCGCCCUGCCCCCUAUUCGCGCGCCUUUCACUUUCUCACUAUUUAUGUACCAGCUUCUCUGGACACAGGCCUACCCAGAGGGAAUGUGCACAAACGGGACUCAGGUCCCAUGCGAGGUGCCAUCCCUACCCAAUCCCACAAACCGUAAAGGUUGGCCACACCACCAGGGUGUACGACCCCUACUCUUUUCGAAUAGUGAUGUGGGGUCUUUUACGUCCCACAACAACAAAUCAGUGAAAGUGCUGUGAAACGGGACCUACGGUUUUUCGUCCUUAUGCAAGAAGACUAGAAAGUCUUACCAAUUGCAGAUGUCAUUACGAAGGCUGCACUUUCUUCUCAGUUAUUUAAAGACCUUGAGUGUUGGUCCGGCAGGGGUUUGAAGCCGCGACAUCCCGCUCGGCAGAUCGGCGCUCUCCCAACUGAGCUAUCUGAACUACCUGAGAGCCUGAAACAGGCUAGGGUUUUUUUUGGCAGGCUCACGUUUUUGAAUUUCUGCAUUUGUUAUUUUAUUUAGCAAUUAAUGAUUGAGGCUGAGUAGGAUAUGAAGAAUUAAGCAGAUCGAGGAGGGUGUUAUCCACCGAGGUCAAAGGCCGAGGUGGAUAACACCCUUCGAGAUCUGCUUAAUUCUUCAUAUCCUACGAAAGCCGAAUUCAUUAAUUGCUUUAUUAUUCAUUCAAAAUAAUUCCUAGUUUAAAAAAUGCUUACCUGCAUUGAUGUUCAUCUUCGAUAGUGUACGUUUAGGUGUCUCCAGCUCUGCAAAUAUUUUCCAAAUAACAGAUUUCGCCCUCGGAGUUGUCUUCUUGCUGUUUUUGCCUUGUUUUUAGCUAUUAUUUCGCCUAAGUCCAGCUGUAGUUCGUACUCUUGAAACGAGUGAAAUGUCCGCCAUUUUUUUUUUCACAACCAAAACAACUCAACCUCGUCCCCAGGUCUUCUCGGUAACAGUACCUUAACCUGUGGCGGGCUGCAUUUUUGACGUCAUUCCCUCCGUAAACACAAAAUUCUUCCAAAUUUGGUCUUAAGUAACUGUUUAUGGUGAAUUAUGCGUGUGCUUUUAGCCAAUCAGAAUUGGGGAAAUAUUUUGAAUGACUAAUAAUUUACUUUAAGUCCCCUCUCCCACCUUCCACACCUUUAACUUCACAAUCAAAAUCUGAAUAAACGAGAGACUGUGACUAUGUAACACUUCCGAUACAAAACAGCUAUACUGAACGGUACAAUUUUUAUAAUGCAGUAGAACGUCGAUAUAACGAACCUCUAUAUGACGAAGUCGUCGGUAUAACGAACAAUUUUCUUUACCCCAGUAAUUAUAGGGUAAAUAUAUGAAUAAGAACGUUGAAAUAACGAACAAAUUUUGCCAGCCCCUUGGCCCUUCCUUAUAUCGAGGUUUCACCGUGUCACAAGCUUUUGUAUUAUUUUAUACCCUUUCCUACGUACCUGAAAAAGAUUAGUUCCCUCAGGCCAUCCCAAUAAAAUGUUUGGUUUCCCAUCCCCCGACCGACCCAUUUUUUUCGACCAGUAAAAAAAAAAAAAAUAAUUCCAGAUUCCUCAAGUCUUAAUUCAGUUCUUAAUUUACAAGCACAUGAUCUUGUUUUAUUAACAACAUAUUGGUAUGAUGUGAUGUCCUUGUCUUUUAUUAACAUCGAUACUACGUUUUUUAAAGGCUGUUUAGACAUUUUCAUAGUCGAAAAGACCACGUUUUUGAGUUGAUUUCUUACAUACCAGCCCGGCCUUCUCUGGGACCCAGACCCCUUCAAGUGUUCAUUCUAUUUUUUUUCUUGCCCGACCGACCGACCGACCCACCAUCACAAGAGACGGGGCGAUGGGAAAAGAAACAUUUUAUUGGGGUAGCCUCAUUAAAAGAAAAAAAAAGCGCUAAUAAUCUUCGUGUCUAUUUCAGGGGAUGGUCACGUGUCUGUCAGGUGUUACUGACUGUCAUGGACAACUGAUUGAUAACUUUCGCUAUUGGAUGUUACAAAUGGCUAUGAUGGAUAAGAUAUUGGAAGUCUGUCCGAACAUGCAAUAUGGUGGUCUAAAGAACAUUGUACGAAAUACAAGUAUGUUUCAGUAUAGUAUCUGGGCCGGAAUAAAGACGUUACACUGAUCCAGAGAUGGAUACGGAAAUAAAAGAGAAAACAUUUUAGUUAUCUUUCUAAGACUUAAAUUUUAAGAUUAGAUAAAUAAUAUCUUAUCUCUCAGUUCUUCACAGUGAGGAUCAGUUUGUGGUUUUUACUUAGGGACGGACCAUUAGAAAACUUAUGGGGUGGGUGGGGGGUGGGGAUGCGGGCGAAGUACAAAAAAAAAAUUCGCGCAAGGGAAAAUUAAAUGAAAAAAAAAUUCUUCCACGCCAAUUAAUCCUAAAAAAUAUUCAUGCUAUAACUAAUGGUCCGUCCCUUAGAGUAAUCCAGGUUUAUUAACUAUCCGUCACUAUACCCACUUAUUUUUUGGUGUGGUUUUCCUUUAUCAGACUUUUUAUGUCUUACAGUAGGGGCUUCUGUUUACAGCUUCAUAAUGCCUCAUAAAUAUUUGCUUAUUUCCAUAGUUUGAACUAGUUACAACUAAAACUAGAUUAUAUCUUUGUCCUGAUUAGUUGAGAUUUCCUGACAAGAAUUUGACUAAAGGACCCAAACCAUUCUCGACAAAUCACAUUUAUGGGGUUUUUACUGUUAAUGUCUAUCAAGUUUCAUCCACUCAAACGACACCCUUGUUGCCAAAGUAGAUUAUGUGAAAAUCGAGCUGCGAACUAGCAAUAAAAGUGCAUUAUUUUAGAUAUCUUGAGGAGAACCUGUCCAGCAUGAUAUCAAACGUAUAAUUGUAAAUUCUAUUUUUGGUAUCUCUUUCAUCAAUUGAUUUAUUUCCUUUCAUAUUUUUCUACAGAGGUAGCUGAAGCUCAUCGCUACAUAGAUGACGUCGGUAAGAGAAUGUUCUAGCUUUCAGUAUUCGUUAAUCGAAGAUAUAAUUAUACACAUAUUUAUCAGAGACCUUUAACUUAAAACUUUUCAUGCGAAGCCUCGGGAAGCCGCAAAUUUAAAACUGCAGUUUGCGUUUGCAGAUUCAGGUUAUGGCCUAAAAAUACGUGAAGAAUGGGAGUUUGAGUUUGGUUCGAGUUAAAAAACCUAGUAACUAGUCAUAACAAGCUUGUAGAAGAUUAUAUUUUUUGCCUUGUCGCAGUUCAAUUUUAGGUACAAUUUAUUAACAGCAACGCAAUUAAAACAAGGUGAAAAGUUUCGCCAGUAUUUAAUUUCUAUUUUAAUGUAAGGUUUUCAACCUUAGUUUUCUAUUUUAAAUAAUGUCUAUUAAAAUAGUCUUUGUUCAUUUGCAUUUUGAUAAUGGUGACAUGUCGUCUCCGAAAACUCAUGUUUUAGAAGCUUGCCCUUUAUCCUUAAAUGUUUUACAUUUUUUCGUUAUUAUUAUCACAAUCAUAUUAUUAUUAUUAUUAUUAUUAUUAUUUUAUUAUUUUUUUUAAAAGAAAUAAUAUAAUAAUAAGAAGAAAUUUUAUUAACAACAAUGCUAACUAUUAAAAUCCUAUUUACAAUUAAUUCGCUUAAAAAAAAAAAAAAAAAAAAUACAUACAAAAAAACAAUAUAAAAAACAUAUCAAAAAAAAAAACACAUAAAAUAACUUAAAAAAAAAUAAUGAAAAAAAAAAAAAUAUUUUAAAAAAAAAAACAAUUCAUAUCAAAAAAAAAAAAAAAAAAUCAAAACAUAAAAAAUAAAAAUUUUUUGUUAUUAUUAUCACAAUUAUAUUAUUAUUAUUAUUAUUAUUAUUAUUUUAUUAUUUUUUUUAAAAAAAAUAAUAUAAUAAUAAAAAGAAAUUUUAUUAAAAAAAAUGCUAACUAUUAAAAUCCUAUUUACAAUUAAUUCGCUUAAAAAAAAAAAAAGAAAAAACUAUUCAUUCAAAAACACUAUAUACAAUUCCCGUCGAAUUAAAAAGCACUUAAUUUAGCUUAAAAAAAGUUAAUGUAACUAAGAAAAAUUAUUAUUAUUAUUAUUAUUACAUUAUGGAAUCUCAGGUUUAAAAGGUUUACAUUGCCUGGUAAAUAACCCUUGGAAGCAACCAACAACAAGUUCCUAAACGUCCCAAAGGAGUCGUUACAUUUGAGUCCCUAAAUAUCCAAAACGUUCCGUAAUAGUCCAGCUGUUCUCAACAGAGCAGCUUUCUGGAUCACUGCAAGUCUGAUGGUAACGUUAAGCUUCCCCGCGUAUUUGUCAAACAAAUCGGAUAUAGCUAUUAAUGCCCCAAUCACAAUUGGCACAUUACCGUCUCUUUCUAGAGCUUCCACAACUUUCUUAUUUCUUCUCGAAGAAAUUGGUACUUCUCUAUUUUCUCCAGUUCAUUGUCUUUUACUCGUGCAUCUCAAGGGAAAGCGAUGUCUAGGAUCUCAGCCUCCUUUAUUAUUAUUAUUGUUAUUAUUAUUACUAUUAUUUAAAACUCUGGGCUUCCAGCAAGAGGUAUUGACCGCAUCUGAGCCGCAGGGAAUGUAUUUGGGAAAUCGUUAUUGACACAGUGAUUGCAUUUUUAUGAUUUACGUAAUUCUUAAUGUUAUAUAGUGCUUAAUUCUUACUUCAGAUAUUUCUGUAUAUUAUGUACAUAUUUUUGAAGUUGAAUAAAAUUAUUAUUAAUUAUGAUGUUUUAUUAUUAUUAUUAUAUUAUUAUUAUUAUCAUUAUUAUUAUUAUUAAUUGAUGUUAACUCUCCAGUUCAUGAGGCCUACACAUAAUUCAAAAACUCAUUAAUUAAAUAACUCUUAAAGACAAAAAAAGAAAUUAAUGUUUAAUGAGUAUCUUUAUAUCUGAUAAAGACACUGCUAAACUUAGCGUCCAAUUUUUUAGACCAAAAUAACCCCAAAUCAAAAUAUUGGUGCAAGAAUGAGUUGAUCUGUAUCAGAGAUUUUGAAGCCGUUCAAAAAACUCGAGGUCGUGUAUUAUAAGCUUUAAAAACUCGAGGCACAUUCUGUUCGUUUUUUUAAACAGUACAUUAAACCCACCUCCAAAGUAUUUUACUAAAACCUGGUAUGCUCUCUUUGACAGAGAAAGAUCUUUUUGAAGAGUGCGCCGUGACAGUUCAUCGACAGUGCGUCCGAUACUACGUCACCGUAAUAAUGAAGGAUCACCAGAUCUGCCAAGACGCUGAAAAACUCAACAAAUGUUAUGAUUUAACCAGCAAGAAGAUAAAUUGUGAAGCAAAGAUAAUCAAGCAUUAUUCCCGAAUGGUGGAAGAUGUAGCUCAUAAAGUGAUCAGUUUAUUAAGUAGUCAUAUGAAAUACCUGUGUAGUUAA